AGAGAGGAGGCGAUGAGAGGAAGCUGCAACAAACACACAGGGCGUCUGCGCCUAUCUAAGUAGGACAAUAAAGUGAAAACGGCAUCAAUGCUCUAACAAUGGAUUUGUCACAUAUGCUUCUCCUUAAAGUUUUCCUCUUCGCGUACUUGCUAAACUACACCCAAGGACAUUAUAGGAAUCCCCUGAACAAGUACAUCCGUCACUAUGAAGGUCUGUCCUACAACACAGAGCUUGUGCACAGCAAGCAUCAGAGGACCAAGAGGGCACUCUCUCAUGAAGACAAGUUUCUUCAUUUAGAUUUUCAUGCCCAUGGAAGGCAUUUUAAUUUACGAAUGAAGAGAGACACCACCUUGUUUGCCCAAGAUUUGAAGGUGGAUGUUUCAGGAGAAGAGAUUCCUUAUGAUACCUCUCAUAUCUACACUGGAGAAAUCUAUGGUGAGAAAGGUACCCUGACUCACGGCUCCAUUGUGGAUGGUAAGUUUGAGGGCUUCAUUCAGAGUUACCAUGGCAAUUACUACGUGGAGCCUGCUGAGAGAUACCUGGAAGGCAAAGACGUGCCCUUCCACUCUGUGAUCUACCACGAAGACGACAUUCACUACCCGCACAAGUACGGCCCAGAGGGAGGCUGUGCUGAUAGCUCCGUGUUUGAAAGGAUGAAGAGGUACCAAGCCUCAGCCAUGGAGGAGCCACCCAAGGAGCUCCACCCCGAGGCGGGCUCUAAUGACCUGGUGUUGCUGAGGAAGAAGAGGAUGACUCAGGCUGAGAAAAACACCUGCCAGCUCUUUAUUCAGACUGACCACCUCUUCUACAAGUACUACAAGACCAGAGAAGCUGUCAUCGCUCAGAUCUCCAGUCAUGUCAAGGCCAUCGAUGCUAUCUAUCAGGGCACUGACUUCAUGGGCAUUCGUAACAUCAGCUUCAUGGUGAAAAGGAUCAGGAUAAACACCACCAAUGAUGAGAGAGACCGGUCCAACCCGUUCCGUUUUGCCAACAUCGGAGUGGAGAAGUUUCUGGAGCUGAACUCGGAGCAGAACCAUGAUGAUUACUGCUUGGCCUAUGUUUUCACUGACCGUGAUUUUGAUGAUGGAGUGUUGGGUUUGGCCUGGGUGGGAGCCCCCUCAGGGAGCUCUGGAGGUAUCUGUGAAAAAAGCAAGCUGUACUCAGAUGGAAAAAAGAAGUCUCUCAACACUGGUAUAAUAACUGUACAGAACUACGCCUCCCACGUACCUCCGAAAGUCUCCCACAUCACUUUUGCACAUGAAGUAGGACACAACUUUGGCUCCCCGCAUGACUCUGGAUCUGAGUGCACCCCAGGAGAAUCCAAAAGCCAAGACAAGAAGGAGAAGGGCAAUUAUAUCAUGUAUGCAAGAGCUACAUCGGGAGACAAGCUCAACAACAAUAAAUUCUCCAUCUGUAGCGUUCGCAACAUCAGCCAGGUGCUAGAGAAGAAGAGGAGCAACUGCUUUGUUGAGUCUGGCCAGCCCAUCUGCGGUAAUGGCCUGGUGGAGCCUGGAGAGGAGUGUGACUGUGGCUACAGUGAUCAGUGCAGGGACCAGUGCUGCUACGAUGCCAACCAGCCCGAUAACAAGAAGUGCAAGUUAAAGCCCAACAAAGUCUGCAGCCCCAGCCAGGGUCCCUGUUGUACUGCUGAGUGCUCUUACAAGGGUCGUAAUGAGAAGUGCAGAGAAGAAUCAGAGUGCGCUCACCAAGGCAUGUGUAAUGGAGUCAGUGCCCAGUGCCCCACAUCUGAGCCCAAGGCCAACUUUACCGCCUGUCACGGAGAAACUCAAGUCUGCCUCAACGGGGGCUGCUCCGGCUCCAUCUGUGAGAAGUAUGGGCUCGAGGCGUGCACCUGUGCCAGCCAAGAUGGCAAGGAUGAGACUGAGCUUUGCCAUGUGUGCUGCAUGGAGAAGAUGAAUCCCAACACAUGCAGCAGCACAGGAUCAGAGCGCCUGGCUCGUUUCUUCAAUAAAAAAGUAACCACGCUGCCGGCCGGCUCGCCUUGCAAUGAUUUCAAGGGCUACUGUGACGUGUUCAUGAAGUGCCGACUGGUUGAUGCAGACGGACCUCUGGCCAGGCUAAAGAAGGCCAUCUUCAACCCAGAGCUGUAUGAGAACAUUGCAGAGUGGAUUGUGGCUCACUGGUGGGCAGUGCUGUUGAUGGGUAUUGCCCUCAUUAUGCUCAUGGCUGGCUUCAUUAAGAUCUGCAGUGUGCAUACACCGAGCAGUAACCCCAAACUUCCUCCUCCCAAACCACUUCCAGGCACUUUGAAGCGGCGACGAGCGCAGCAGCACGCUAGCUCCCAGGUGCAGCACCAGUCCCAGCACCCGCACUCCCACCAGCACGGCCACGGCGGUCACGGGGGGCACGGCGGGCACGGCGGCCAGCGGCAAGCCCAAAGGCAGCCUCAGCGGCAGGCGCAGCCCCAGCGGCACCACCGUCAGCCCAGAGAGAACUAUCAGAUGGGCCAGAUGAGACGCUGAGACCCUGCACCCAGCCCCCUUCCCCCCAAUGCCUUGGCUCCUCCUUGUGCCUACAGUGGGAAACAAAAGCGUCACUCCAUCCAAAGAAAAGCCUGACAUGGUUGUUAGUCAUCAUCAUAUCCUCCAUCUACAGACAAAACAGACACGUGAAAAAGAGAAAACACUUACCUAGCAACUCGAUUGGCUCUUUGUGGAGUGGACUCGACCAUCAGCCAUUUCCAAUGCAGUGCGAUCUAGUAUCUUUUUCCAUCUUUUUUUUUUUUCUCUUUUAUUUUUUUUAAGGAGUGCCAAGGAGUAAAGGAAUCAUGUGUAGCUUUAGUACAUUGUGUGAUGUGUUUUUCGUUCUAUUGCAACGUCUUCUUGAGUGACAAGCCCGUGGCUGCUGGUGAAUUGUUCUGUGCUUUUCUUUCGCCAUUCUAGCCAGGAAUGAGAGACACUCAGUGGGGAUUUUGCGGCACUUUUGUGAUUUACACAUGUCAAACGGCAAAAGACACAGGCUCCGGUCUCUCGUGCAGACAGUCCUCUGCAUGUGACUGUAAAUAUUUAGUGUAUCAUAAGUGAAAACAAACUAUUUCUUCUACUGUAAAUGUGUAAUUCUUCACUUUUUUUCUUUGAUUUUUCGGUUAGUGCUCUCAGGAUUCUUAACACAUAAAUGAAGGAAUGAUGGUUGUGAUGAGUUCCUUGGACGUUUGCUGUCGAGGAUUCGACGCCAUCGAGUUCUCUUCGCAGUCCAAUCAGGUGGAUCUCUUUCACUUUCAUUAGUUUGGUAGGUUUUGAUUUUGAACAAGGUCGCCAUAUCUCACUUUUUAGGCCUUCUCUGUUCAAGGUCCAUUUUUUUCAUCCUUUUUUUUUUUAAUUGUCUUGCUAACAUCAUGUUUUUGCCCAUGUUGUAUAACAAGCUAGAUGAGGUAUAGUGUCAUUCGGAACAGAAAGGGAGGAUCUCCUAGUUUGGUACAACAUUUACUGUCUUUACCGAUUUGUUUUUGAUGAUGAAGAAUGAAUAACCACUAACUGAAGCUGAUGAUGAUUCUACCAUUCUACCUGUUCAGAUUUUGAAGACGAGGGAAAGUGAAGGCUGCUGUGGCUUAGUGUAGAAGUGAGAGUGUAUCCUGUUGCAGAGUUAGUUUACAUGAGUGUGGAAAUAAAUUUUAAAAAUGACUAAAAAAAAAUGUAAGAUUAAAUCAUUCUAUUAUUCUUCAGAUAGCAAAUCUAAGAACUUUUCAAUGUGGGCAUGCGCACAUUUAUUAAAUGUGACUAUUAAUUGACAAAGGUCUGUAAUAUUUGUAUGUCACUCAACACCAUUUACUUUGACAGCUAUUAAUGUUCGUUUUAAAGCGUCUGGAAGGAAGCAGCUGUAUUGUCACGUUCUUCACUAACACAUUCCUCAGUGUUCACUACUUCCACAGGAGACGAGCAGCUGUUUUAUGUGUUUUUUGUUUUUUUUUUAUUUUCCGAACUUCAAAAAACAACCUGCAGUUAUCUCCUGGUCAGAUCUCAUCAAGGACUGAAUCCCCUUAAGAGCUCAUGAAUGCAGGCCUCAGUCAGAGUUUACAUCAGCGUGCCAUAAAACUUUAUAGAGCUGACCUUUGUGCACAGGUUUUGUAGAAUACAGGAAGAACCUGUACGGUCUCUGGAGCCACUUUAAAUGAAUGGAAGGAAGUAGAUGUGAUUGUUCCUGGCGGGAUUGUUUGACCUCAGGUGUUUUCUUCCUCCCUACGCAGCAGCAAAGGGGCAUUUUGGGAAAUGAUAAAAUAACACUAACUGAGAAGAUUUGAUAUAUUGUGCAAAACUUUUCACCGUUCUGCGCAGUGAGAAGUGUUGCACAAACAACAGCACAGAUUCUGGGUUAUCUGUUGCGUGAGGAGAGGCUUUUCUGUGCUCCAAUUUUAUUUUAUCCUAGCAUUAUUCUUAUUAUUUUGAAAUGCAUGCAAUACUAAUCACAACUAAUAACCUACAACACUUCUGAUGGUCGUUAUAAUCACACAUGCGCUCUGGAGGGGACAUGAACAGUAACGCGUCUCGGUUUAUUUCACACGGCGGAUGAUGAAUUCGGCAGGUCGGCAGUUGCUAUAACUUCUCUUGUCUGUACAAAAUGGAGCUCUUUUUAAAUUUCAUCUCCCAGGCCACGUCACACACGUCAAGGCCUGGAGAAUUUACCUGUAAAAUUGUACAGUACUACGAAAAAUUUGCAUUUCAUUUGAAAAUGAAAAUUACAUUUUGAUACAUCAGUUUCAUUUUUUGUAUUCUAAUUCCAGAGUAAGUUGUUCAAAGAUGUUCAUAUGUGACAAACUUUCCUCUCUUCUAAGUUAUUUAUGUUCUUAUAUGUGCUAGUUGAACUGGAGUUUGCUUAUGAUACUUUUUCUCCACCAUCAUCAAUGGUAAAAACAAUUCAGUGUGAUGGAGUUAAUGUUACAUUCUCAUUUUUGUCUUUGUUAUCCUGUGGCAUGGUUUGGGUAGAAGAGCAGAAGAAUAAUGCCUGUAAAUUUACUUUCUUUUUAAUUUCGUAGUCUUGGUAAAGUUUUUAGAUAAACGUGCACUGAAAAUGUCCAAAUUGAGUUGAAAUGUCGUAGGUGAUGUAGGCCGAAAGAACACAAGAUUAAAAAGUAAUACUACUGUCUGAUUUUAAUGUUCACUGUGUUUUAUACAGUAUCGGAAAUUUUUGUUCACUUUGAACAUUUUUACUAAAAAAAAAAAAAUUCAAAUUGUAUUGUGCAAAGAGAUGUAAUUUUUGGAGUACUUGAAAUGCAUUAAUUAAAAGACUCGUUCAAAAUAAAAUAGACCCCUGUUUACUGUC